GAUUGAUCGUUUUUGCGGGAGCAGCGUGCAAUGCCAUGGUUGCCUCGACGUGUAGGAUUCGAAUGAACGCCAGCCAAAUGGUCCGCCUAUUGCCCAUAAUAUGUGGCAUUCUGCUGAUUUGGACAUGGACUAUACUCAAGUUGCAGUAUUCCUUGCUGGCAGGGGCGCAUCUCGCCGUCGCUCCAACGCAAAAUCCAGACCUUGCACAUGCACAAUCUUUGAAAUCCGCGAAGAACACUGCUGGCGAAACUGAAGAGGUCUUGGUUCUGAUUGAUUCUUUGACGCAGUUUGGGCCAUUCACCCUGGUGUUGCAGCCACAUGUGCAAGGAGGCACGGCCCACUUUUCUAAUUCUGUUUUGCUAGCUGAUUCUGUAGUGGUUUCGCCUGAGUUGCAAUUUCCAUUGAUUACAAAGUACAGUGUGGCGCCCACAAGCGACAAUUUGACCGUGAACAUUGGCAAUCGCAAGAUAGCAUGCGCAUCCGGUGCAUUGAUUGCCGCGCUUCGAACCUGCACGUUUUACAAAGUCUUUGUCAACCAUCCCCUGGGGUUUUCUACGCGGUUUUUGAGUGACGUGUUUGCUAUGGAAAAGCGUUUCAUGACAGUCACACACGACUAUGUGUGGGUGUUUGAUCUUCUGCAGCCAACCUUCACAAAUCUGCGAACACCGGAAGGAGCAGCCAGAAACUAUGCUUUCAAAAAGUUGCUUCCAAAAUUGGAGGUGAAGGCACAGGUGCAAUCCACCAGAGAUAAUUUUGCAUUGUUCGACCAUUUCAAGUCGAUCCGUGUGGUAAAGAUGCCUGACUACACCGCAAGCCAGCCACGAUCCAUUGUGACGUCAAAAGGCCUCGUCAUGGGAGUCAUUGGAGAGAUCUCUUGGAUCAAAGGUUUGGACUUGGUAGUUCAGUUGUCAAAUGUGGCAAGCUCCGGCCAGUCCUGCCAACAUUUCAAAGUUGGAUCCCGGUACCUACAGUUUGGGCGAUGGCGCCUUGGGGAGACCGACGCACGUCACUUUUCCAUCUCGCAUCAGGGUGGCCAGACCCCGAUAGUUUUCCGGAGUGACGGAUCUGCUCACCCAGGUCCUUUUAAAGACUACAACGCCUGGUCCAUUUCUGACUGCCCCAACGCAAAGCUGACCGCCGGCAAGGACUUCAUCCAGAUUGGGGCGUGGCGCAUGGGCCCUGAAGGCCUCAAGAGCUUUGCGUUUGCCAAGAAGAGCAAACAGAAGCACAGCCAUUCCUCCAAGGCCGUGGUUUUCAAAGUAGGUCACGGCUGGGUCACGGGCAAGUCAGACUUGUGGUCGCGGCCGGUGAACACCUCCAUAGUAUUGACCCGGAAGGAGUUUCUCAAGAUCGGGUCGUGGCUCCUAACGUGCACAGGAGAUGCCUUCAAGCUCGUUCAAGAAGAGCACGGUACUGUUUUUAGCUUGCAUGCUGAUGGUCGGGUGGAAAGCCCGAAAGACGCACACGACACGUGGUUUGGGCCUGAAUUGCAGAUGCAGAAACCAAGUCCAGGCCGAUGUCACGUGAAGAUGUUUAUUUUCGGAGAGGUGGCCGACGCUUGCAAUAUUGGGGACAACACCAAGCGGGAGAAGUUUAGAAGCAUCGAUGAGUUCAACCAGUUAUUGGAGCGUGUGCGGCCCAAUGUCAUGAUUAUUCCCGCUCUUUGGCCAGAGACAUAUUCCUACACAUUGACCCUUGCCAUGCUGACCAAUCUACCGAUCAUAGUCAGAAGAGCUGACAAUGACUUUCCUGCCGCAAUAGCGACUCGAGCAGCUUCAUAUUCCAAAACAUACUUCCAUGAUUUCAGAAAUAUCACAGAUGUGGUUCGACUUGCGCAGCAGAUUAGAGGGGGCCAUCUCACCAAAAUUCAGCCGGACCUGAUUGUGCCACGACAAUGGUACAAUCUGUUGCGACCAACUUUCACGAAUGCAGUUCUGGUUGCGUCCAAGAUUUUGACGAGUAGCAAGCCGCUUUGGUACCACCCGCAGCGCAGUCGAUUUUCAGAGCAGGAGCGUUUCAAUCAGACAAUCGAGACAUUGAAGUCAAUUCGUCUGGCGAUUCCAGACUGCUUCAUUGUUCUAAUUGACAACAGCAAAAUUGACAGGGAGCAGGCCACGCGCUUGGAAUCAUUGGCAGAUGCAUUUGUCAAUGACGUGAACAACCAAGAUUUGCUCUACUGGACCGAUGAAAGCGAGGCAAAGCAGAUUGGGGAAGCGAUGCUGCUUCAACAGGGACUGGAUGCAUUGGAGGAACACGAAGUGAUGUACGAGCAGUUAUUCAAAUUGAGUGGCCGGUAUAUGCUCAACAAUAAAUUCAACCUGCAGACAUACAAUAAUACCCACAAUGUCUUCAAAUUGGCGCGAGUCGGGAAAUCCUUGAAUCUUCACAAGCCGUUUUACGCAUACACAUGUUUUUUCAACAUCUAUUAUGAACACAUACAUGCGUUCCGCUCAGUGUUGUCAAGCAUGACUGCAGAAUUGAAGGCAAUGAUUGCCAGAAACAUGUCAACCUUCCUCCACGAUGACGUUGAGUCACGACUUUCCCUGAUGCUUCCGGAAGUUGUUUAUGUGGAAGAGCUUGGUGUCACGCAGCGAAUCUCUACGUGGGAUUCAGAAGACAAGGAUAUUUGAGAGAAUGCGACAACAUUUCUGGAUCUGGGUUUUCCUGGACAUUGUGCCCGCGCCGACUCCGAAUGCUGAGUUGCG